UUAUAGCUAUAUUCCAGGAGCUAAAAAUUCUUAAAGACAGAAUCCUUACAUUCAAGCCUGUUCCUGAUCUGAACAUUAGCGAGGCAAGAAUCGCAAUGAUUGGUUCAGUUGGUGCUGGAAAAUCCAGUUUUUACAACACAAUGGACACAAUAUUUCGUGGCCGAAUUACACAGAGGGCAUGCAGCGGCAGCUCAGAACAAAGCAUCACAACUGGGUAUAUACCAUACAAAUUGAGAGUGGAAUCGGGAGGGUCAUGCAAAUUUCUGUUUUGUGACACACCUUGUCUUGAAGAAUCGACAGGUUGGGAUGCCGAAGAAUGUGGUUACCUACUGGAUGGUAACUUCCCUAAUUACUAUCAAUUCGAUAAGAAAUCCCCACUUACACCAAAAGCAGAGGACUCUGACGAAGUUCCUGCCAGAGACAAUAGAAUCCAUUGUGUUGUAUUUGUUCUUGAUGCAACCACGCUUGAUGUAGUGUCAUCUCAAGUCGUAGAAAAAAUGAAGAACUUUCAACACUUAAUGAACCAAAGAGAAAUUCCACAACUGAUUGUACUGACGAAGAUAGACAAGCUAUGCAAAGACGUGCAGAAAGAUAUUUCGUUCGCAUACAAGAGUUGGGUUGUUGAGGAGCACGUGGAGAAGGCGUCACAGCUUCUCGGACUACGUCGCUCUAACGUACUUCCGGUCAAGAAUUACGAGGAGGAAACGAGACUUGAUACCAAUAUCAACAUACUUACCUUACUCGCUGUAAGCAAGAUUCUAGACUCAGCAGAAGAUUAUAUGUACAAUCUAUUAGAUCGGCAAGAAUUUGAGCGACUGAAAGUACGCGAAAAGUAAUCAAGAGAAAACGUUUCAAGCAUAUAAUGUAAAAUCAAUGCCCCAUAUACAUUAUUUAACUAUUUUUCAUAGCUUAGUGUAUGCUUUGAAGUUUGCAGUGCUGCGAAUGCAAUAACUUCAGUGUCUAAAAGGAUAGAGCUUAAGUAUCAAAGCAAAGUAGUGCUGUAACGGAAGUGUGCAGUGUAUCCGGGAUACACAACAUACGUUAGUGCAUAAAAAGGACUUAUAAGCUUUUUACGUUAUCUUAGUUCCCAUUUUUUAUGAAAGUAGAAGGUAAAUGAUUAUUUAGAUUGGCUAUAUUUUUAGUCUAUUCUCACAUUGGUAGAGUUUAAAAUUCAAUUUUAGAUGUGGUUCUAAUAUGGAAAUUCGGCAAUAUUGAACAGUACGGACAUCACCUUACGUAUUAUUUGGCGCCGUACAGGCGUUGGGAAAAUGAUCUACCACAUCUUAUUGGCUGUUUUAUAUAAAAGACAUUUCAGAAUAAAAAAAAGAAGUAACAGAACGGCUUUACACUCAUUGCAACUCUUUAAGCAAAGCAAAAUUAUUCGUAGAUGCUUACGCUCUCCGAAUCAUUCAGUGGGAUAGUUAAUAUUACUAAAACACUGUCAGGUUUACGUUACGUCGACCUAACAUUUGGCACAAUAAAUGCCAUAAUGAAUUUUGUUUCCUAACGAAAAAUAGCAGAAAAUUAUAUCUGAAAAUUCUACAGAAAGAAAACAAAUCAAAAUAAAAAACUCGGAACCGAUUAA